AUGUCUUGUGAAAUCGCCAACGCUGGCGCGGAGAAGCCGACCGUCCUCAUCGUGCACGGCUGCUUCCACACCCCGGCGCACUUCAGCGCCUUCCGCGAGCUGCUGCAUGCGAGGGAAUACGACACCGUCUGUCCGCACCUGCCCAGCACGAGCAAGCUUCCGCCAGACUAUGCGCCGGCGACGUUGCAGGAGGACGCGGAGUGCAUGCUUGUCGAGCUGAGGAGGCUCGUCGAGGAUGAGGGGAAACAGGUGAUCGUCGUCGCGCAUUCGUAUGGAGGGAUGGUUGCCAGCGAGGCUGUGAAGGCUGAGCUGGGGCGGAAGGCAAGAGAGGGAAAGGGAGAGAAGGGCGGGGUGUUGAGGAUUGUGUUUUUGUGCGCGAUUCUUGUGCCUUUGGGUGUGGAGGCGUUGGAGUAUCACGAGGUGGCAACUUGUGUUGAGGUUCAUGACAAUGGGACAGUAACCAUCAUCGACCCAUCAGACUCACUCUUCAACGACGUCGAAGACAAGCAACACGUUCAGGGUCUUAAUGCGAUGCUGUUGCCGUCGUCGAUGGUAGCGUGCACCAGCAACAUCUCUUACGAUGCAUACAACCACCAUCCGGUCACGUAUCUGUUCUGCAGGAAGGACAAGACGUGGAUCAUCGGGAAGCAGGAGAAACAGUGGAAUGACAUGUUGAAAGGGCUGGAAGGCGUAGAGUCGAGAACGAUACCGGAGGGCGGGCAUUCGCCGUAUAUAUCGCAUCCGGAGGUUGUCAUUGAGCUCAUUGAGAGCGCUGCUAAGUCAUGA